AUGAAGAUUGCGGAGCUCCAGCAGCAACAACAACAGGCUGAGGGAAGAGUGGAUGACUUAGAAGAUGCAUGGAGGCGGUACAACUUGAAGCUCCAGUGUGUACCUGAAUCAGUAGGGCCUGAAGACUUCCUCAUUAUCUUCAGAGGUUUCUCGCAGCCUUCCUGCCUCCCAAACCAGCAGGUGCACCACCAUCUGUAGGUCCAGACCUUAUUGUCCGCUUUCAAUUGCUGGAAGACAAGACCCUACUCCAAACAGUGGUCCGUGGGAAGACUCCUAUAUCUUUUGAGGGUUCCACGAUUCAACUCUUCCCAGACCACACUAGAAAUAGUGUUGAAGACUACCACAAGCCCUCUUGCUUACGACACAGGGUGUAACUCAUCAAGUGGGAACCUAUCAAGACCUGGAAGCACAGAUGCACAAGAUGGGCCUUCUUGCCCUGACUGGAUUCAGAGGGACAGACCUGAACUGCAUUGAUCCAGCACAAGUCUUGGAGUUUACUCCCCGAUCAGCACAACCUUCCAUGUCCUCACAAACUGGGACCAGACUACCAGAAUGGCGGCAAAGUGGGAAUGAUAUAUCCUGGCUAUUUUUAUUCUUGGUUUAA